CACUUUGAAGUUUUACCAGAAUAAGAGACGUUUAAAUGUACAAUAUUAUCAACAUUUUACCGUUGAUGCAACCGAUUCCUCUUGACACUUUGGUGAAUAACAUUAUCCUCACUGACUAAUUGAAAAUUUGGUGAAAUCACAAUUUUAAAUUCAUAUGAUUCUUUCACAUUACGGUAUACAUAUACAUGUAUGUAAAUCAAGCAGCAAUGAAAACAUCGGAGUCAAACUUUGCUUAAUGGUGCAUUCAAAGUAUGUCAUCUCGUGUCUAAAAGAUUUCGAGGUCGAGCCUUAAAUUUUCAAACUCCCAGUUACCAAAUGUACGGACCUCAGUGCUUAUGGCUGACGGUCCACGAAAACACCUCAGGUCCCCUGCCAUUACAUUCUUGAGUAUACUUUCGAAUGCAAAAGUUACUGUAACCAGUCUAUACCAGUCCUAAAUAUACCCGAUAUAUGGUGAUUUUAAACGGUUCAUGUUGGUGAAUAUGUGUAACAAUUUAAUGAAAUUAAGUGGACGCGUUUUUUCUAUCGAUUUAGACAUGUUUCUAAACCACAUAUCCCUAACAUCCUGUUUUCCGACUCUCAGGUUGACGUUUUCUUAUAUUCCAUAUAUUUAUUUUAGAUCCUUUGGUUGGGUUUUUAUAAUAUAUGUACAUAUAUCUCUUUUGAAUUGAGUUAUGUUGAUUUUAUUAUAAAUAUCCUAAAGAAAAUAGGUAAUUUUAAAUAGAAAAAGGAGUGUACUUUGGAACAUUUCUAAAAUUCACGUGAAUGAUGAAUAAAGAGUACCCGUUAUUUAGAUAUCCCAAUAUAACUAAUCAGUUGAUUAAAGUAGGCAAGGAUGACAUUCACAACAUAUAAUUUACUCUACGACCGCAGAAACAAAAUAAUUUAGUGAGUUGACAACCCUAUAAUGUAUAAGUUUAUACAAUGCUGCUUGUCAAAAGCAUAUGGGAUGCAGUGAGGAACUAAUAAAGAAAUAAAUAUCAUAAUAUCGAAACUUUGUAAAUUGUUCAAUAAAAUUUUGAUUAAAUAGCGAAUAAAAAAAAGAAAACGGUGAAUUCUAGGUAUUCAAUUGAAUGAUUAUGUCCCUUCAAUUAGUAAGAAAUUCUGGAACACGUUUGCUGCUUGGUAGAAAAUCAAUCACGAAAUUUUGCUACGGAGUCUACUCGUACGCAAAAUAAAUAUGUACAUAUAUAAAUUUUUGGGUGAAAAUCAAGAAUUAUCAUUCUGGGGAAAAACACGAAUCCAGUGUGAAUAUCAGGAUUGUAAAAAUUAGUCGCAAGAGUGUGGUGUAGAAUCCAAUGAUUAAAAGUCACACAAAAGGUGGAAUUUCAGCAAAAGGCGCUCUAGCUUCAGCGACCUUCGAUCAGCGUGAACCACUAAUUUUCAUCAUCAUAAUGCGUCUAAAUUUAAAGAGUUUUCUUUUCGCACUCAUUGCAUUUGUAGUAUUUACCGGCGUAGUGUUAUAUUAUUUUUUUUCGGAUUUCUUAUUCCCUCAUAAUUUGGUACACAAUUGGGAUCACCGAAUAAGUAUUCACGAUGGUUAUGAUUCAAACAUAAUUGGCAAUGGGUUAAACUCCAUUUCCGCACCUCUUAAGAAUAUUGAAUGCUGGAUUAAUCAAGAGUAUUCGAUACCGUGCAAGCACAGCACAGAAAACCAUGAAGUAUACGUGCCAUUUUCAUUUUUGCGGAGUUAUUUUGACAUAAAUGGUGCAAUGGUAUCAACCACAAGCAGUAGUCUUAAUGAUAAUAGCAACAACAGAGGCAAUAGUAUGGUACCCCGAUUUGCAUGGUCGCAUAGUAACGCAAAAGUAAAUGUGCCCAAAGGGAAGUAUAAUACCCGUGGACGCUUCGCCUACUUUGAAAACUACAAUGUGGAGGUGCGAGAUCGUGUCAAAUGCAUAAGUGCAGCCGAAGGUGUUCCAAUAAGUACACAGUGGGAGAAAAGUGGAUACUUUUAUCCCACUCAAAUUGCACAGUUCGCUUUGGCCCAUUAUAGUAAACAUUUAGCUGAACCACCACCAAAAAUUAAGGUGCUUGAAGACGCCGAUACUUAUAAAGCAGUUUGGUAUACACCAAAAUCCAGCAAUAUUUCACGCAUUUGGCAUCUAAAAUUUAACACAUCUGUAAUUCAAUACGAAACAGCAAUUGGCUAUGACAGCGCUGUGAACAUGAAUGUUAAUGAAACAUUUGAACUAGUACUAAGCGUUGAUCUGCUAUUGGUCACUAAUAGUAGUAGUCUUAUGGUUACGUUGCAAUCUCGUGAAACUAAACAAAAUUACACAUUGCACUAUAUACCCGCCGAUUUGCGACUAAGUACUCAGGAGCAUAACAUAUACUAUGGCAUGGGUUCUAGUGCCGUAAACAGAUGGCGCCAUAUAACGCGAGACCUCUUAAUUGACGUACAAAAAGGUUUAAUAAACGGCAUUGAAAAGAAACUACAAUCUAAGAUACGCCGCAAUGAAUUGCGGGUAAUGUCGCUUGCGUUUCUAGGUGUUGGUUUUUUCGACAAUAUUACGCUUUCAACAUACGAUCAUAUGGCGCAUUUUUACGAUGCUGCAGAAUGGUUUAUACAUAAUCAGGAUUUAAAAAGUGGUGGUUGGCCAAAUCCGGUAAAACGUAGUUUAAACGGUUUCACCGAACUUCGAGCUGGCUGGCUUUCAGCUAUGGGUCAAGGACAUGCUAUUUCUGUGUUAGCCAGAGCGUACUAUCAUUCCGGUGGCGAUAAGCGGUAUCUGAAAUCAGCGGCACUAGGACUUAAACCUUUCAGAGUUUACUCAAAUGAUGGCGGAGUACUAGCGCAGUUUAUGGACAAGUAUUAUUGGUACGAGGAAUAUCCAACAACCCCUCCUUCGUUUGUUCUAAAUGGUUUCAUUUAUUCCCUAUUGGGAUUAUAUGAUCUAAAUUCGACUGCACCUUCAAACAUUGGACGAGAAGCUGGUCAGCUUUUCAAUCAAGGAAUGUUGUCAUUGAAGAAAAUGUUAUUGCUUUACGACACGGGCUCUGGCACCAGUUAUGAUUUGCGGCAUUUAAGUUUAGGAACUGCACCAAAUUUGGCCCGAGACGAUUACCAUGCAACGCAUGUAAGUCAAUUACUGUUAUUGUCUACAAUCGACAGUGAUCCCAUUUUAAUGGAAACGGCAGAGCGAUGGAAGGGUUAUAUGUUUGGCAAACGCGCCAAACACAACUGAUGGCGAAACAGGCGUAUGCGGCACAAAAAAAUCGUUUAAUCCAGUGGGAAACUGAAACUCCGAGUGAUAUUAUAUUUAAUCGAAAAUAAGUUUUAUAUUCUUUACUUAAUUUUAUUAACAUACUAUGCAUAAUAUUUUCUUUUAUUAUUUGUAAUUGUUUAAUAGCAUAUAUAUAUAUAUAUAUAUCCUAUAUAACCAUAAAUUAUAAUAAUUUUAGUUGCAAAUAUAAAUAUUUAAAAUAUUUCAUACGAAUUAUAGUAUUUAUAUAUAGCAUAAAAUUUAAGUUGACUUUUUUUUAUAUUAUACUUGCCAAAUUAUACAAUAUGAAAUUACUUUUGGUAUACUUUACAAAGUUUACGCUUUACAACUCCAUCUGUUUUAUUUUUCCAUAUACCCAUAUUUUUUAUAAAAAAUAUAUAAAUAUAUACAUAUAUAUAUAUACAUAUUUAUUUACAUUUAUUACAUAGUUUGUCUUAUUUUGCUGUCAAUUAUAAUUAUCAUACAAAUGUCUACAUUUAGUUAACAUCAUUAAUUCGUAAAAACUGAAUACUUAGGGAAGUAUUUUUUUACUUUUGUAAUUAUUUGUAGAAUAGUCAGACGAAUAGGAUUAUAUGGUUGUAACAUUCUUAAAGUAAAUAAAUACGCAUUGUUAUACUGUUAAAUAUCAUUGACUUAGUAAUGGGAAUGUUAGACCGUGUUUAUUGAGCAGCGUCGAUAUUACUACACAAACAUAUAUACUACGUAUUUACAUUAAUAUCAUACCAAUUAAAUUGAUAUGAGGAAAUGCAGUUAUGGAAUAUCGGAAACUAGUUGCUAAUAUUUUAAUCAGGUGGGGCAAUUUUAAUGCGCCGCCGCAUUUUUGUUUGCGCCUGCGUGAAGUUGUUCGUUAAUAUCUAGUUCCACAAUCGAUGCUGCUGAUAAAACGAUUUACAUUUCUAAUGAGUAGUACUGUUGAACUUACGCCUUGCCAUUUACACCUUUCUAGACCGAUAGUAAAUAUUUUUUUUUACAUACAUAUGUAAAAAUAUACAGACAAUGUACAUGUCGAUUCUGUUCAUUGUAUUAUUUAAUAUGUAACUGAUUGAACAAUGCAAUAAUAUGAAUAAAAUUAAAUACUGUUAUUAUAAAAUUAGUUUGAAGCCAUAACUGCCGAACUGAUUCGAAUCAAGAAAUAUUGCACUGUAAAAUUAACUACAUAGGCUAAAAACAGAUUAAUAGUAUUUUCUGAAGUCAUUUUCGUGAAAUAUACUUAAGUAUAUGUUAAAGUAAAAUUAAAAAAAAAAAUUGAAAUUUAAGAGGGCAUAGAUUUAUAUGAAACAUUUUUCUACUAAUUUAAAUAUUACACCGUUUCUGCAUUAAUAUUUUAAAAACCAUGACAUAGCCAUUAUAUAAUUUUUCUUGAAUUUAUAUUUGUUUCACAAUACUUUUGUAUAUUUACAGUAGGCUUAAAAGUUUUAAAACAAAAAUUUAAUAAAAAAGAAAAUAUGUAUGAGAGAUAGUUCGUGCAUUAUCUAUCAAAACUCUUAGAUGCUUAUGAUUACAAUCGUACACUAUUUGCAAAUGUAUAUAAUGCUUCCAUGAAUCUUUUAACACAUUAAGGCAAUAAUAGCAUAAAAGCUCUUUAAUAAAGUUAAGCUUAUA